AUGGGGGGCAAGGGUUGGCACAAUCUCGGGGGAAGAAACGGCUCCGCGUGUGGAGGGGCUGAGAGUGGCCGGCGUGAUGUGGGCGGGGGCCGGGAAAAGGGGAGCGCAGCCUCGGAGGGGGGCGCCGAGCGGGUCCCGGCCUCGGCAGGGUCUGGUCAGAGGGAUACAUACCCCCCCGUGCCGGGCCGGAGAGGCUGCAGGGAGCGGUCAAGCAGCUCCGCCGAGUCCUUCACUCUGGCUCUUAUUACCUCAAGCCGGACACUGAAAAGAAAGCGCCCCGUGUCGCUGGUCCGCCCGCCCGCCGGCCGCCCCUCACCUGUGCGACCGUCGCCAUUUCCCGCGGCCGCCUCCUCAGCCAGCCUCGGCCCUGAUCCGCCUGGCCCUCCGCAGGCCCAACGCCGCCCAGCCCGGCACAAGCCCCUACACACCCCGGACAAGGAGAGAAGCUGCUCCGCCCCGCGUCGUCUAGAAGCCGGGGGGCGUCGCGUCGCGACUGCACCGAGUCACCAGGCGGGGGCGGCCCAGGCUGCCAGAUGGGGCUCUGCCUUGCUGUGUCCGCCGCUCGCCGGUCACCUCCGGGCGAGGACACGGUCGGCCCGCGGCUCCCUCGCUCCUGCUCCUUCUCCGGCUCCUCCUCCGCAGCCGCCAUUUUACGAGGCUGCCGUAAAGCGCCGCAGUCGAGGCGGGGCGGAGGGGACACUUAUGGCGGCGGCUCCUCGCGUGGGCUGGAGGCGGGGGCUCGUCUGUCCGCCUCGCCGCGGCUUCUCUUUCCACGGCCGCCGGCCCGGCCCGGAGAGAGGAGCAGAGCCUGGGAACUCCACGCAGAGUCGGGUGUCAAGUUUCUGCCCACCCAGAAAAUCUUGCAAUGAUUGGAUUGGACCUCCAGAUAGAUAUUCGAACCUUCGACCAAUCAAAUUUUAUGUCCCUGAAAAUGAAUCUCCAUUGGAACAGCAGCUUAGAAAAUUAAGACACGAAACACAAGAAUGGAACCAACAAUACUGGGCGAACCAGAAUCAGGCAUUUAGUAAGGAAAAAGAAGAAUUUAUUCACUCAAGAUUGAAAGCUAGAGGUCUGGGAUUGAAAGAUGAAACAGGUAAAAACAUAACACUGAAUGCAGAAGAAAUGGCUGAUUUUUACAAGGAAUUCUUAAGUAAAAAUUUUCAGAAGCAUAUGUGCUAUAACAGAGACUGGUACAAACGUAAUUUUACUAUCACCUUGCUCAUGGGAAGAGUGGCCCUCGAGAGGAUUUGUAGGAAACUCGGAUUCAAACAGGUGAAGAAUAAUUAGAAGCACACCUACGUCAGCCUGCACCAGCUCCAGUGCUGGCCAUCAGGUUCAGGCACUGGUCUGACUGGGAUAUCCUGUUUACCUCAAACUUCAUUAUAUCACAUGAAAGUGACUGACAAACUCAACUUAUGUGAAUGGUUAAAAAACAUUUUUUUAAAGAGUAACAAAAAGGCUUUCAGAAAUUUUUCCAUUGAGGGCCACUUUUGCAUUCCCUCCCCACAACCUGAGCAAUUAAUGUAAUUUACAUGAACUGGAACAGAUUGUGGAAGAGUUAUUUCGCAGCAGAGGUGUGGCCCAGAGAACUCACAGGUCUCAGCUUGCUUUAGCUCCACAUGCCUUUUUCUGAUGGAGAUAAGUGACCAUAGGUCAUUUUAAUUCCUGAGUUGGCAGUUUGGGGUCAGCAUGUUUUGAGAUGAGACCCAGGCUCUAUAGUUCAUUGUGCCAGAUUUGCCCAAAACAUACUUUUAAAGUAAUUAGGGUUCCUCUUGUCAGGUAAUCACUUACAGUGUGAGGUAAUUAAGCCAUCAUAACAUUAACUAUACACAAUCUAUAAGUCCACAUGCUGAUGAGAUAUUAUUUUGGUUGCCAAAGCUUUAGAGAAAUGCUUAAUACUUAUUUUGAAAUGAAUAUCCUUUGAAACAAAGAUUUGAAGUGUGACUUCUAUAAUACUGUAAUUAAAAAGUUGCGGAGUUUUUUGUUGUGUGUUGUUUUUGUUUGGGUUUUUUUAACACAUGUACAAGAAUGUAUACUUCCAAAUGAAACUGUUACUGUUGUUCAGAAUAUUUUUGUAACUCCUCUCUAGAGGUUACCUCUUAGUCUCUUGAACAUUUUCACUUGUAGCACAUCUUCAUCCUUGAAGAGUAAUUGGAAUUUUCAAAACUUUGAGACCUACAUCUAGCAAAUGAAGUGGGUGAUAUUGCUGGUUCAGACAGUUUGGGAUUCUGAACAAGCUGUGAUUCUAAAAUAAUAAGUGGUUUUCUUCUGUGGCUGGUUAAACUGGCCCUAAGUGUCCCAAAAGAAGUUUCUAGAAUUUGCCUUAAAGAUCCCUUUCAACUCUGAGCUCCUGUAUUUUAAACAAGGGGAAAAUGGUAGCCAUGAGUGUGCCUCUGUCUAAGGAUGACUACUUUGAAAAGUAUAUAACACACCCAGACAUGUAAAUUCUGAUCUGCCAGUUAAAAUAGUCACAUUGCUUUAAAAUGACACUUUGGGUUAAACCCCCUAGUAAAGACUACAGUCAUCAGUGUUCUCAUCCUGUAAAUCACUCAAAAUUGUAAAUACGUUGCUGAGGAUGUUAACUUUUCUCCAACUAUUCUUGUCAACAUUUCAUUGCACUUGCUAUGUAUCUUCAGGACUUUUUAAGACCCUCCCAUAUGUCAGCCAGUAUAGAGAUAGCAGAGGAAUUGAACUUCCCAGAUUUUUUAGUAACUGAUAUCUCAGCAUGAUUAUAUUCCUCUGGCCUCUUUUCUUCUAUGGCCUAGAAAAUAACAAGUGAAUUUUAAAAAAAUUUUUUAUUUCUUUUCUUUUUUUUUUUUUUUUUUGCAGAGGCAAUUGGGGUUAAGUGACUUGCCCGGGGUCACACAGUUAGUGUUAAGUGUCUUAGGCUGGAUUUGAACUCAGGUCCUCCUGAAUCCAGGGCCGGUGCUCUAUCCACUGCGCCACCUAGCUGCCCCUACAACAAGUGGAUUUUAAGGAAGGAAAGAUAUUUUGGGGGUAAAUGUUAAAUGAGAGGUGGACAUAUAGUCCUUGCUUUAGAGACGCACAGAUUUCUUCUCACUGUAGAAUUAGUAGUUGUUAAAUUCCACUUUACAUUAAUGUAGGGAGCAGGUGAUUAGCAGGUGUAAAGGAAUAGAGUGUAUAAGAAGGGUAGUGGAAAGGGAGUGUAUUUAGAUGUGGAAAUAUGAAAAGACAGAUGAUCAGAUGAUUCAAAUCUUGAGAGCUUUUAGGACUUUGCAUUUUUAUUCUCUGCUAAGACCAGGAAACGGUUUCGGGGAGGGAGUUUUUUUGUUUGUUUUACUUGCUUUUCUUUCUUUCUUUUUUUAAAUUACAAGUAGUUAAGUAUUUAUCUUUAGGGAGAGAAAAUAAAAAUGGUUAUUUUCCAAAUGUAUUUGAGAAAUCACAUUUUUCUUCAAAAGCUUUGAUUCAAUUUAUAGUCAUUAGCGUGUCAGAGCUGGAAGGACCCUGAGAGAUCUAGUCCAACUUCCUAUUUCAUAAAUAAGGAAGCUGAAGUCCAAAGAAGAGGACUUGCUCAAGGUCAAGCCAUAUGUUGGCAGCAGAGCUAGAAUAAGACCCAAGUGUCCAGAUUCACAAACCAGUACUUUUCUAUUUUCUCUCAUGUCUUGCUGCUUCCCAUUGUGUGUUUUAUGUUAUCUUAAUCCACGCUACAUUAAAUAUUUCAAGGAUAGUGGUAGCUAGGUGGUGCAGUGGUUAAAGCACUGGCCCUGGAUUCAGGAGGACCUGAGUUCAAAUCCCACCUCAGACACUUGAAACUUACUAGCUGUGUGACCCUGGGCAAAUAACCCUCAUUGCCCCCCCCCAAAAAAAAAAUCAAGGAAAAAUGUGAUUUGGUAGGUGGGUAUGUCUUCUAGAAAUGAAGUUCACAGUCCUUUUAUGCCUUAGUUUGGUAUUGGAGAGUUGGUAUGGCUAAAAAAUUCAUUACCAGAUAGCCAUUUAAUCCAACUGCUGUUUGAUGAGCCUUUUCAAAACAGCAGAAAAACAGAUCUGUUACCUGUUGGUGAAAUCGUUCCAGCCUAUUAAGACCUGCCAAGGGCUUAUGUUCCAUGAGCAUAGCAUUUGAAAAGCCAGGGUCACCUGCAUGCCUCAACAAGGCACUUUAAUCCAUUAAAUUUGCUUAAUAGCCUGUGAUCUCCAUGCUGCUGUGACAGCAACAUGCAUGUUGACCUAGUAAAAGAAUCUAUUUUAUCCUCUUGGCUUAAAUCACAGACCAGCACUGACAAGUACUUGACAAGCAGUGCUACCGAAUAGGGCUUAUUGGUCUUUCAGCAUGAACCCCUGGAAAGUAGGGAUGAAGAGUUCCAGUAUUCUGGAACUGGCUCAUUGAAAGUUUUCACAUAAACAUUGUGUUUCUCUCAAGAAAAAACUGAGUUACAGAACAUAAGUUGAAAAAUUCAAGACAUCUGACUUGAAUUCACAAAAGAAAAAAAACGUUUCCAGUUUCAUGAUAGGUUGAAGCUUAACAUCAGGGCCUUUUGAAGCUUGGAGUUAAAGGGUGCUAGUUUGUUUUGCAGGGCAGUGAGGGUUAAGUGACUUGCCCAGGGUCACACAGUUAGUGUCAAGUGUCUGAGACCAAGGGUGCUAGUUUUAAAAAAUAUCAUACUCCUUGACUAUCUUGUCCAGGUGUUCUGGAGCUUUAUUGAGCAGAGAACUCCUUGCAGAUCUGUUCUUUCACCUUUAAAAUUUGGCCUAACUGGGGGCAGCUAGGUGGCGCAAUGGAUAGAGCACUGGCCCUGAAUUCAGGAGGACCUGAGUUCAAAUCCAGCCUCAGACACUUGACACUUACUAGCUGUGUGACCCUGGGCAAGUCACUUAAUCCCCAUUGCCUCACCAAAAAAAAAAAAAAAAAUUGGCCUAACCUCUGCAGAAUUUGCAUGCCUUUGUCACCAGACUGAGAGUUAGGGACAUUCUAAUUCUGGCUCUGACUCUUCAUCUCUCUGUGACCUUGGCAAAGUCACUUCUUUCUAGACCUCAGGUUUCUCUUCUGUAAAGGAUCUAUAUUCCAACAUACAUCUCCCAAUAUCUUUUUCAUUUUGUAGAGGGUUUGUUGGCAGGAUGCUUUUAGCAAUCCUGAAUACAUAAAUAAUGAUUACUUGAAAUCAAUCGAUCAGAUCAUCUUUUUUAAAAUAAUGGUUAUGUCUUAAUGCCAGACGUUGAUUCUUUAGUGUCAACUCUGUUUAUUGCUAGAGGUAUAAAUGUGCUGAUGGAUUUGAUAGGAAGCGAGGAAGUACUCUGGCUUUGAUCUUUUCCUGAAUUAUAAAUAUUUGAGCUAAGUAAUCAUUUUAAUGUUACCUGAUAUCACAGAUAAACAGAAGCAAAUAAUUUCAAGGUCAUUUUGAAUGGACUCUAAUGUCUAUAUGUUCACAAAAAAAAUUUUAUCUUUUUAAAAAAAUCUUCCACUCAAUUUUCUGUAGCAUCGUAAAUAACCAUCUUCAGAUUUUAGGCCUUAACUUUGGUUGUAACAGUACUUGAAUUUUUAAAUAUUUGUUUGUGGUUAUAAAUGUUAUUUUCCGUUUCGGCUUUACCCACACAUUUCCAUUUGAUAGAAAUGAUUUGUUAUCUGGGUUUUUAAAAAAUUAAAUAAAAAUUCUGUAUUUCCUG